AUGAAGUGUCUAAUGCUGGGCCCCCUGCCUGACAUAAUCCUGCCUGGCAGCCCGGCCCCUCGGCUCACAAAAAAACUGCCCCCUCCGGCCCUCUGCGCUCCCCCUCUCCUAGCCCUCCCCAACCCUGGUUCACCCCUCGCCUGCCCUCGCCUAGCCCUCCCAAGCCCCUUGCCCGCUACCCAAGGCGACGCCACGUGGGGAGGUGCCCGUUGUUAAUCACGAUGGACAGUGUGUGAUCUGACAUGCAAAUAUAGGUCAUUGCAUAUGUAAAUGUGUUAUUAGGGGGCCGGCAUGCCAGAACACAUUAGUGAGACUGUGCUCUCAGCAGGAGGCUGUCACAGCGCUUUACGGGCUCAUGCUAACAUUUGUCAAGCUACCAUGCAGCGAGUGAAAGCUAUGCCCUCGCUCUAUUUCUAGAUCUAGCUCUCUCUCUCUUUCUCUCAUUCCAUUUCUCUCCUCCUAACCUAACACCUCUGCUCCUCCACUCCUUCUGCUCUUCUUUUUCCUUCUGCUUUUCUCUGUGUGAAAAACACUGUAGUGACCACUGUUUCUCUCUCUUUGCUCUCUGCUUUUGACCUUGGACAGGGUUCAAUCAGUAUAACAUCUGUAUAAAAUGGUAUUUAAAAAUCAUGUUAAACACUAUUAUUGCACACAGUGAGUCCAUGCAACUUAUUAUGUGAAUUGCUAAGCACAUUUUUACUCCUGAACUUAUUUAGGCUUGCAAUAACAAAAGGGUUGAAUACUUUUUGACUCAAGACAUUUCAGCUUUUCAUUUUUAAUUAAUUUGCAAACAUUUCUAAAAACAAUAUUCCACUUUGACAUUAUGAGGGUAUUGUGUGUAGAUCAGUGACACAACAUCUAAAUAUAAUCCAUUUUAAAUUCAGGCUUUAACACAACAAAAUGUGGAAAAAGUAAAGGGGUGUGAAUACUUUCUCAAGGCAUUAUAAAAACAAUCUAUUCAUACUAAGAGGAUACAGUGCUAUAAAACGGUAAUAAAUAACAGUAAUUUACGAUCUAUCAGGGAGUAACGAAUUACAAAAGAACUAACUGUAAUCCGUUAUGUAACCAGCAAAAAUAUUGUAAUCAGAUUACAGAUACUUUUCAAACACUCAAUGAUCGCUUUUAAAUUCAGCAAAAAAAAUUGGGGGGAAAAACGGUCACCUUUCUGUUCUCUCAAUGACAUUCAAAUCAGCAUUGGAAAAAAGUGCACGUUUUAAGUUUGUUCCGCAUGAGCGUGUCUGACAAAAAGACAGAGACCACUAUCAUGACACACCAAAUGUGUUUGAUGGAUCGGGGGAAAAAGCAGGAAUAGGCUUUUGUAGGCUGCAGUCCAAGUUAUAUCUUCCAAUGGUCUGACUGCUGUUGACAUCCAAAGAUGAUCCAACUUGUAUAAACGCUUGGAAAUAAGGACGACAGCAGUGGUGUAACCUACGGGCGAUACGGAUAUCACUUAUUGAUAUCUACAUAGCUCAUUGAUGUGAAUUGUGGUUGUUGUGGAUGGCUGUUCACAAAUGUAGAUGUGUAUUUUAACUCAAUAAUGGUUGAAUUGAAGAAGUUUAAGCUGCCUAUCAAUCAUUGUUUUGCGACCAGUGGGCAGCCAGUGAAAAAUAUGCUCUUGCGACAGUGCGGAUCCCAGCCUAUGGAAUAAAAGUUUGAUGGAGUUUCUACCUUCUAAACUCCUCCAUGGUAUUGUGCUCCUUACUCUCAAAAACGAGUUAAAUUUUUAAUUUAAGAAGACCACAAGUGGGGCUUUUAUUGCUCAAUAUCAAUUGUGCUGAUAAAAAAUACAUAAAUCCUUAGGCCUAACGGACACAAGCUUAAGGAGCGCAGCUGUUGUUGCUCGACCACGAGAUAAUUUGCGACCAUUCAAUCUUCAGUCUGCAUAGUCAAUGUAGCAGAUGCAACAAUACAGUGGCUUGCGAAAGUAUUCACCCCCCUUGGCAUUUUUCCUAUUUUGUUGCCUUCCAACCUGGAAUUAAAAUGGAUUUUUGGGGGAUUUGUAUCAUUUGAUUUACUCAACAUGCCUACCACUUUGAAGAUGCAAAAUAUUUUUUACUGUGAAAAAACAAAACAAGAAAUAAGACAAAAAAACGGAAAACUUGAGCGUGCAUAACUAUUCACCCCCCCAAAGUCAAUACUUUGUAGAGCCACCUUUUUCAGCAUUACAGCUGCAGGUCUCUUAUGGUAUGUCUCUAUAAGCUUGGCAAAUCUAGCCACUGGGAUUGUUGCCCAUUCUUCAAGGCAAAACUGCUCCAGCUCCUUCAAGUUGGAUGGGUUCCGCUGGUGUACAGCAAUCUUUAAGUCAUAACACAGAUUCUCAAUUGGAUUGAGGUCUGGACAUUCCAAGACAUUUAAAUGUUUACCCUUAAACCACUCGAGUGUUGCUUUAGCAGUAUGCUUAGGGUCAUUGUCCUGCUGGAAGGUGAACCGCCAUCCCAGUCUCAAAUCUCUGGAAGACUGAAACAGGUUUCCCUCAAUAAUUUCCCUGUAUUUAGCACCAUCCAUCAUUCCUUCAAUUCUGACAAGUUUCCCAGUCCCUGCCGAUGAAAACCAUCCCCACAGCAUGAUGCUGCCACCACCAUGCUUCACUGUGGGGAUGGUGUUCUCGGGGUGAUGAGAGGUGUUGGGCUUGCGCCAGACAUUUUCCUUGAUGGCCAAAAAGCCCAGCUCUGUGGAGUGUACGACUUAAAGUGGUCCUAUGGACAGAUACUCCAAUCUCCGCUGUGGAGCUUUGCAGCUCCUUCAGGGUUAUCUUUGGUCUCUUUGUUGCCUCUGAUUAAUGCCCUCCUUUGGUUUUGGUGGGCGGCCCUCUCUUGGCAGGUUUGUUGUGGUGUCAUAUUCUUAAAAAUGUUUAAUAAUGGGUUUAAUGGUGCUCCGUGGGAUGUUCAAAGUUUCUGAUAUUUUUUUUAUAACCCAACCCUGAUCUGUACAUCUCCACAACUUUGUCCCUGACCUGUUUGGAGAGCUCCUUGGUCUUCAUGGUGCCGCUUGCUUGGUGGUGCCCCUUGCUUAGUGGUGUUGCAGACUCUGGGGCCUUUCAGAACAGGUGUGUAUAUAUAUACUGAGAUCAUGUGACAGAUCAUGUGACACUUAGAUUGCACACAGAUGGACUUUAUUUAGCUAACUAUGUGACUUCUGAAGGUAAUUGGUUGCACCAGAUCUUAUUUAGGGGCUUCAUAGCAAAGGGGGUGAAUACAUAUGCACGCACCACUUUUCCAUUAUAAAAAAAAAAAUAUAUAUAUUUAAACAAGUUAUUUUUUUAAUUUCACUUCACCAAUUUGGACUAUUUUGUGUAUGUCCAUUACAUGAAAUCCAAAUAAAAAUUUAUUUAAAUUACAGGUUGUAAUGCAACAAAAUAGGAGAAACGCCAAGUGGGAUGAAUACUUUUGCAAGGCACUGUAUGUUGAUGACAACGAUGCUGCUUUCCACUUUGCUUCUUAAUAUAAAUCCACAAGCGUUCUAUAAUGACACUAUUAGUUUGUGUAUCUUACUGUCUGCAAACAGCUAGUUUGUCUUUUCUUAGCAAGUUGUGGCAAAAAGAAAUAGUGUAAGACACUAACGUAAAUCGUAGCUAGGUAAAUACAGUGCUAUUGUAGGCCUAAAUCAGCAUGUUUGUGCAACAGCAUUUUCUAAAUCAGAAGAAUAGGUAAGCAUGAAUAUGUUAGCUACAUGAUGUAAGAGAAAAUAUUUAAUGUAGCCAAACAUUAUAGGGUCCCACUCCCCUGGGAUAGCCUGUCACAAUAAAUCAUCCAUAGAGAUUCUAUUAGUAUUCUAAUUCCUAAUUCUAUGAACGCCUCCCUGUCUUUUUCAAUCGUUGUCAUGUCAAGCAACACUGUAUUCAAAGUGCACACUAUUACAUUCUAACUAUAGAAUUAGAAUAAUUUAUAUUUCCAUGAUUCCAAAAGUUCACCCAAGUGUUUUGAUUUGCUUAAAAAUAAGGGCUCUAUUUUUUUUUGCCCAUAUCGUUCAGCCCUACGUAGCAGUGUGUAAAUGAUCUCAAAUGAGAUCAACUUUUUGUUGAAGUUACUUUUAUACUGUUCAGUCAAUCAGAAUGGAGAAAGCCCCAUUUGAAAUGACUUGGCAUUAAUGUGUUGCCAGCCUAUGGUCAUGCACAACUCAUAAAGCACAUUUAGAAGUUUUGUUAUUCAAAAACACAAAAUGCCGUCAAAUACCAUCAAAAAUAUGAAAGAUAUUGUGAUAUGAUAUUUUGGCCAUAUCGCCCAGACCUAGAACCUCUUCUGUCGUUGCCACAGGUCUGUUUUUCUGUUCAUGCGAGCUUUGUUUAAUGGUGAAACGGAUCUGAAGUGAACACAUCUAAAGAUGCUCCUUGCCUCCAUCCAUCAUGACACUGUGCUCUCACCCUCCUCUCAUCUCCUCUCCUCCUCCUUCCCUGAGUCUGCCUGCCUGUGAGGCCGUCCCCGGGUCGUAGUCGGGGCCAGGCACCGGUGAAAUGUGGCAUUGUGAUAUCUGUCGCCUCCUCUCUCCCUCCACCACACCAACAGACACGGUUACAAAAUGGCUGCAAAGGUCACGCCCUGCUCUGUGUGUUUUCACACAUCACAACCCCAAGGCUCAUUCAAGCCUGUUUUCUUAGCUUUUUAAUUUUAGAUGUUCACUGGCGAGCCGAGUGUCAGGGCGCCACAUGCAUCCCUUGGAAGAGGAAAGCACCGUGGGGGGGGUUUGUCGCUAGCUGGCUGGUCCAACAUAAGUCACUUCAAGUGCAGCAGCGUGAUGUGCCAUGGCAGACUACAGCACAGACACACACUCUAAUUAUUGGCCUCGUUGGACUUAGUAAUGACCUAAUAAGAUGUAGUGAUUCAGGAAGAGUCCAAUUUUUUCUGUUAAAGGGAUGCUUUGGGAUUUUGAGUCAGAUAAACUCGUGUAUACCAUUUUGAUGUCUCUGUGUCCAGUAUGAAGGAAGUUAGAGGCAGUUUCCUGAGCCAAUGCUAAGUAGCGUUAGCGCAUUGACUGGAAAUCUAUGGGUAUCUGCUAGCAUUCUAAAAUAAAAUAAAAUAGUAUUUUUCACAUGUGCCGAAUACAACGAUGAAGAGUAAAACAAAUCAAUAAUAAUAGCAACACACGAGGAAUACUAUUUAAUUUGUAUAGAUAGAUAGAUAGAUAGAUAGAUAGAUAGAUAGAUAGAUAGAUAGAUAGAUAUAUAUAGAUAUAUAGAUACAUACAGUACCAGUGAAAAGUUUGGACACCCCUACUCAUUCAAGGGAUUUUCUUUAUUUUUAAAAUUUUUUUAUGUUGUAGAAUAAUAGUGAGGCCAUUAAAACUAUGAAAUAACACAUAUGGAAUCAUGUAGUAACCAAAAAAGUGUUAAACAAAUAUAUUUGAGAUUCUUCAAAUAGCCACCCUUGAUGACAGCUUUGCACACUCUUGGCAUUCUCUCAACCAGCUUCACCUGGAAUGCUUUUCCAACAGUCUUGAAGGAGUUCCCACAUAUGCUGAACACUUGUUGGCGGCUUUUCCUUCACUUCACUCUGCGGUCCAACUCAUCCCAAACCAUGUGGGGGCCAGGUCAUCUGAUGCAGCACUCCAUCACUCUCCUUCUUGGUAAAAUAGCCCUUACACAUCCUGGAGGUGUGUUGGGUCAUUGUCCUGUUGAAAAACUAAUGAUAGUCCCACUAAGCCCAAACCAGAUGGGAUGUCGUAUCGCUGCAGAAUGCUAUGGUAGCCAUGCUGGUUAAGUGUGCCUUGAAUUCUAAAUAAAUCACAGACAGUGUCACCAGCAAAGCACCCCCACACAUAACACCUCCUCCUCCAUGCAUUAAGGCCUGAUUCACACAGUCACCUCUGAACAGUUGAUGUUGAGAUGUGUCUGUUACUUGAACUCUGAAGCAUUUAUUUGGGCUGCAAUUUCUGAGGCUGGUAACUCUAAUGAACUUAUCUUCUGCAGCAGAGGUAACUCUGGGUCUUCCAUUCCUGUGGCGGUCCUCAUGAGAGCCAGUUUCAUCAUAGCACUUGAUGGUUCUUGCAACUGCACUUGAAGAAACGUUCAAAGUUCUUGAAAUGUUCCGUAUUGACUGACCUUAAAGUAAUGAUGGACUGUCGUUUCUCUUUGCUUAUUUGAGCUGUUCUUGCCAUAAUAUGGACUUAGCCCUAUUUGGUAAAAGACCAUCUUCUGCAUACCACACCUACCUUGUCACAACACAACUGAUUGGCUCAAACGCAUUAAGAUGGAAAUAAAUUCCACAAAUUAACUUUUAACAAGUCACACCUGUUAAUUGAAAUGUAUUCCAGGUGACUACCUCAUGAAGCUGGUUGAGAGAAUGCCAAGAGUGUGUAAAACUGUCAUCAAGGCAAAGGGUGGCUAUUUGAAGAAUCUCAAAUAUAAAAUAUAUUUUGAUUUGUUUAACACAUUUUUGGUUACUACAUGAUUCCAUAUGUGUUAUUUCAUAGUUUUGAUGUCUUCACUAUUAUUCUACAAUGUAGAAAAUGGUACAAAUAAAGAAAAACCAUUGAAUGAGUAGGUGUGUCCAAACUUUGGACUGGUAGUGUAUAUAUCUUUUUUAUUUUUGUCAUUUAGCAGAAGCUCUUAUCCAGAGUGACUUACAGGAGCAAUUAGGGUUAAGUGGCUUGCUCAAGGGCACACUGACAGAUUUUUCACCUAGUCUGCUCGGAGAUUCGAACCAGCGACAUGUCGGUUACUGGGCCAACGCUCUUAACCGCUAGGCUACCAACCUAUAGAAUGGAGCUAUAUACAGGGAGUACCAGCACCAGAUCAAUGUUCAAAGGUACGAGGUAGUUAAAGUAGAUACUGUAUGUAUAUGAAGUCAGGAUAAAGUGACUAGGCACCAGGAUAGAUAAUAAUACGAGUAAAAUAAAGAACAGAGUAGCAGCAGCAAAUGAUGAGUGUAAAAAUGUUUGUGUAAUGAAUGUUUGUUGUGUCGGGGUGUGUGUGUUGUGUGGGUUUUGUGUGGCAGGGUCAUUGGAGAGUGUGUCUAUAGUCUAGUGAGUGUGCGUAGGGUCAGUGCAAGAUAUAGUUAGUGCAGAUAGUUUGGGUACCGUUAAUUGACUAUUUAGUGGUCUUAUUGCUUGGGGGUAGAAGCUGUCUCGGAGUCUGUUGGUCCGAGAGCUGAUGCUCCGGUACCGUUUGCCGGACGGUAGCAGAGUGAACAGUCUAUGGCUUGGGUGGCUAGAGGCUUUGGCAAUUUUUCGGGCCUUUCUCUGAUACCGCCUGAUAUAGAUGUUCUGGAUGGCAGGGAGCUCAGCCCGUGUUAUGUACUGGGCUGUCCGCACCACCCUCUGUAGCGCUUUGUGGUCAAGGGCGGUGCAAUUUCCAUACCAAACAGUUAUGCAGCCAGUCAAGAUGCUCUCGAAGGUGCAGCUGUAUAACCUUUUGAGGAUCCGAGGGCCCAUGCCAAAUCUUUUCAGCCUCCUGUGGGGGAAGAGGCGCUGCCGUGCCCUAUUCACGACGGUGCGAGUGUGUGUGAACCAUGUUAAGUCCUUAGUGAUGUGGACGGCAAGGAAUUUGAAGCUCUCGUCCCGCUCAACAAACAGCCCUGUCGAUGUGGAUGGGGGCAUGCUCUCCCCUCUUUCUUCUAUAUUCCAUGAUCAGCUCCUUGGUCUUACUGACGUUGAGGGAGAGGUUGUUGUCCUGGCACAACAAUGCUAAGUAUCUGACCUCCUCCCUGUAGGCUGACUCAUCACCGUCGGUGAUCAUACUUACUACCGUUGUGUCGUCAGCAAACUUGACAAUGGUGUUGGAGUCAUGCGUGGCCACACAGUCGUGGGUGAACAGGGAGUACAGGAGGGGACUAAGCACACACCCCUGAGGGGCUCCCGUGUUGAGGGUCAGCAUGGCGUAGGUGUUGUUGCCUACUCUCUUCCACCUGGGGCCGGCCAGUCAGGAAGUCCUGGAUCCAGUUGCAGAGGGAGGGGUUAAUCCUGAAUGAAUGGUGAAUAAUGAUGAGGGAGAAAGUUACAGAGGCAUACUGUAAAUAUCAUACCCCCCAAAAAAUGCUAACCUCCCCUGUUAUUGUAAUGGUGAGGGGUAUGAUAUUUGUGCGUCUAACUUUGUCACUCAUCAUAAUUCACGAUUCAUUCAGGACUAUCCAUAAUCAUGGUAGCAUCCACAUUAAUGUAGAAGUGUUUAGAAACAUAUUCUAUUCUUAUUUACAAUAAAAGUGAUUCCAAAAUGACAGAAUACAUUAUUUACCAUUCAUUUCUAUUGGGCACAAUAUAAUCUGAAUCACAACCAAAACAAACAGCCAAGUUCCAACAAGUUUCUAGAGUCACAACCUUGAUGUAAUCAUUGCGUUCUAGGAAUAUGGGACCAAGUACUAAACUUUUCACUACAUGAAUACACAUAUACAUUAAUUUGUCCCAAUACUUUUGUUCCCCUAAAAUGGGGGGACUAUGUUCAACCGGCAUGGAUGAAAAUAACGUCAAAUUAAAGCUGAUAGUCUGCACUUUAACCUCAGUCAUUGUAGAAUUUCAAAUCCAAAGUGCUGCAGUACAGAGCCCAACAAUUCAAUAUAAAUGUCACUGUCCCAAUACUUUUGGAGCUCACUGUAGUUUCCAUGUUGUCAACAAUCUAAGCCAAAUAUAUAUGUUGAAAUAUAUAUGGCAAUAGAAAUCCUAUAUGGAUGGUGUUAAGAGAUAGAUGGGAGGUAUUGAAUAGAGUUGAAGGAUGGGACUAAUAACAAAUAACAACAAAUUAUAACAAAGAUAGCUAAUAAUGUAAGCAUACUGUGUCCAUAAUAAGUAUAUAGGUUGUAUGUUGGGAGCUUUUGGGAAAGAGCACAGUUAGAAAGAUAUGGCAAUUAGAAGCAAACCGGAUGGACAUCAUGAAAAUGAUCGGAGAGGUUGAGAGUAGAAGAAGUUCAGGAGCAAAAAAAUAAAUAUAUAUAUAUAUAUAUAUAUAUAUAUAAUUAUUGUAAAAUUAACUCUGUCCAUAAGGUGUAGAUAGUAAGUAUAGACCGGAAGUAGAGGCCUGGGCGUUGUUGUUCACUAAUUUACUCCAAGUAGGGAAAGGAUGGUGGGGUUGAAAAGUAAUAAAGGGGAAUAUAUAUAUAAAAAUAAAAAAUAAACAUGGGGGAUUGGAAGUGAUGCAGACAAUUACAUUGAUAGAAGAUACAAUCUAUCUGCAAUAUUAAGCUGAUCCAUUCCCCGCCAAAAAAAAAAAAUAAUAAUAAUAAAAAAAAAAAAAGAUACUAAAAAUUAAUAAUGAACGAAAAAAAACACAAAAAAAAAAAAUCUAAGCCAAUGCCGUCGGUUUUGCCCCAUAGUUGCGCAUGUGUCGGUUUUGUUGCUAAACAACAAACCCGUCUAUAGGAUUCCACCUUCGUCCUAUAUUGUCCUUUUGCAUGUUUGAUGUCUCGUCGGAGGUCGUAGCAGGCUUUCUUGUAUGCUGGUGGCUCUAGCCUUUAGCCCAGUGCGAAUAUUGCCUGUAAUCCACGUUUUUUGGUUUGGAUACGUUCUUACUGUGGGGACGACGUCGUCUAUGCACUUAUUGAUGAAGCCUGUAGCUAUUGUGGUAAACUCCUGUUGUCAUAAACUCCUCAAUACUAGGAUGAAUCCCGGAACAUAUCCCAGUCUAUACUAGCAAAACAGUCUUGUAAGCUUGUGUCUCCUUCAUCUGAUAAUUUCCGUAUUGAGCUCAUCACUGGUACUUCCUGUUAGAGCUUUUGUUUGUAAACAGGAGGCAGGAGAAUGGAGUCAUGGUCAGAUUUGCCGAAGGGAGGAUGAGGGAGGGCCUUGUAUGCAUUUUUGGGGGUAGAAUAAAAGUGGUCUAGAGUUUUAGCGCUCCUAGUGGAGCAAGAGACGUGUUGGUAGAAGUGAGGUUUUAAUUCUCCCUGCAUUAAAUUCUCUGCCAACCAGAAACGCUGCCUUUGCUGUUGGCCCCAUACAGUUCGUUGUGUGCCAGAAUGGUGUUGGCUUGUGGAGGGAUGUAGACGGCCGUGAUAAUUACGGAUUAGAACUCUCUUGGUAGAUAAAAGGGUCUGCAGCUUACCCUGAGGUAUUCUAUACUGAACAAAAAUAUAAAUGCAACUUGCAACAAUUUCAAAGAUUGUGCUGAGUUACAGUUCAUAGAAGGAAAUCAGUCAAUUUAAAUAAAUGCAUUAGGCCCUAAUCUAUGGAUUUCACAUGACUGGGCAGGGGCGCCACCGUUUUUCCCCAGAAAAGAGCUUUAUUACAGACAGAAAUACACCUCUGUUUCAUCAACUGUCUGGGUGGCUGGUCUCAGAUGAUCCUGCAGGUGAAGAAGCCGGAUGUGGAGGUCCUGGGCUGGCGUGGUUACACAUGGUCUGCGGUUGUGAGGUCGGUUGGAUGUACUGCCAAAUUCUCUAAAACAAUGUUGGAAGCGGCUUAUGGUAGAAAAAUUAACAUUCAAUUCUCUGGCAACAACUCUGGUGCUUAUUCCUGCAGUCAGCAUGCAAAUUGCACCUCCCUCAAAACUUGAGACAUCUGUAGCAUUGUGUUGUGUGACAAAACUGCACAUUUUAGAGUGGCCUUUUAUUGUCCCCAUCACAAGGUGCACCUCUGUAAUGAUCAUGCUGUUUAAUCAGCUUUGUGAUAUGCCACACCUGUCAGGUGGAUGGAUUAUCUUGGCAAAGGAGAAAUGCUCACUAAUAGGGAUGUAAACAAAUUUGUUCACAACAUUUGAGAGAAAUACGUUUUUUGUACAUAUGGAACAUUGCCGGGAUCUUUUAUUUCAGCUCAUGAAAUUUGGGACCAACUCUUUACAUGUUGCGUUUAUAUUUUUGUUCAGUAUAUAUCAGGUGGGCAAAAGCUGCUAGCAGAUACGCAUAGACUUCCAGUCAUUGUGCUAACGCUAGUCAGCAAUUCACUAGCUCUAGUUAGCAACUUCCUUCAAACUGCACGCAGAGACAUGAAAAUGGUAUCCACGAGUUUGCCAAGGACCUCAUUGCCAAAAUCCUGAAUGAUCCCUUUAACUGUAAAUAUGCAUAAAUAAUCACGAAGUUCAAUGUUGGUUUUUUGGACAGGAAAUAUCCAUGUUCAGCAGGAGAAGAGAUGGAUGCUGCUUUAUCACACAAACUAUUGUAAACCAUUCCAUGUUCAGCAUGCUGGAAAACUCAAACAUAACUGCAAGGGAAAGCAUCAGCGGUGUAGGCCUACUUGUGUGUGUUUGACUGUGUAUUGUCUGUGUCGGCCUUGCAGAAGCCGCUUCAGCCUGACAUGGGCCACAACUCUCUGGCUAACUUCCAGAUUGAGAAGAAGAUCGGGCGGGGCCAGUUCAGUGAGGUGUACCGGGCCAGGUACCUGAUGGACAACACCUCCAUGGCCCUCAAGAAGGUUCAGGUGAGAGAGCCUCACACACGCACGCACACAGAGCACACACAGCACACACAGCACACAUCAUCAUUUCCCCCCCACCUUUCAAGAUACCGAAGGACAUAUUUCAGGGGGUAUGAUGUCACCAAGCAGGAUCAAAGAGUUAGCCGGCCAUAUUCUCAAACAACUCCAUAUUUUCUAGUUCAGAGAAAGAUUGAUUUGAAAUUUAAAUUGUAUAACUGACUCAAAUCAAGAUCUAUAUCUGAAUGUUUAUCGAAGUCAGCUCACUAACUUGUCAAACUUAUUAGUGUACUUGCUGAAAGCAAGACCACUCUAGAAAUUGCACAUACUUGUAUUAUUAUCAUUUGCCUUCUUCCGCUCGCUCUAGUGCUUUAACCAUAAAUAAAUACAAUUGGGGGCAUAAAAUAAUUAGCAUAACAUAAUCCACCGACAGUAGUGGUAACUCUUGAACCGUUCAAGUUAGAGACACAAAACGAACUUACACAUUUUCAAGCUAUCUAUUCAAUCACUCACUCAAUCAUCAAUAUUUCCAUCUACCUACUUUUUCAACUAUAAGUUCAUCCUGCUUUGUGAUCAUUACUCUCUACUAGUGUAUACACGAUAUACCGGUAUCGCGAUAAUAUCACGGUACCAAAAUGUCAUGAUACCAACAUUUUUGAAUAACAUAGUACCGUUUCAUAUGAUACUACUAAAUUGUUCAGCCCUACCGAUCUAAAGAACCAGCUGGCGCCAGUUAUAAAAUGUUCAUAAAGUCAGUUGUUUAUAAAUUCAGUUAAAACAAUUAAGCAACAGCAAAUAGUAUGUUGUAUGCGCCAGUCCAAUAAUGUCCACUUCACUUUCAUGCGCAUCUCAAGUGUCGCAGCUGUGAUCAGCCAGCCGCAUCCCCUUCCAGCAUCACUCACCUGCUUCUCCCCGUCCUCUCUUCCUGUGCAUCUAUUCCUCCAUCAGUUUUUAAAAUAUGAUUUAGCCGUGAUGGUGAGCGGGGAUGCAGACCCUGAUGUCUUCUGUUGUUACAUUUGUAAAUGUUUUACAUUAGAGUAGUGUGCAGAGCUGAUACAUUGUGUCAUUUCAUUGCCUGGUAUAACCAAGAACACAGGCCAGUCUGAGUAGGCUUUGCAAGUGCAAGUUCGCUAGUCAAAGAGGACAAUGGAGUGACAGCUUCGCGACAGGCAUGCUUGCAGCUUUACAGCAAAGACGGAGCGUCUCUAGCCCAAAAGGUUAGAAAAAUAUGACCCAUAUUACCAGAGCGAACUUUUUUUCUUCCUGUGCGAUUUCGCAACGCAUUUUUAUACAUUUCACAAACCAUGUCGCGGGCCAUUUUAAACUAAUCCCGUUGUUCAGUCGUGUUACCGAGUUAGCUAGCAACCUGUUAACUUGACAGUAGCUCUAGGCUAAUUAGAUUGACACAGGAAUACAGGAAAAUGGUCUGCUACUCAUGAGAUUUGCUUCAAAGGUAGGAUUUAUAUAGGCCUAAUGUAAGCCUAAACUAUAUUAAAAACCAAUCGCUUUCUGGUGCUCCUUAAAUUCUGUUUGGUGCCUAAUGCUUUUAAAGUUGGGAGAAGUGUAUGUAUGUUUUUGUGGGAGAGAGAGAGUGGUGUGUGUGUUUAUGAGAGAGAGGGAGACAAAGUGUGUGAGGGAGGGAGGGACAGUGUGUGUGUGUUUCUCUGUGUUAAUUGAAGAUUAAAGAAGGUUUCAUGCAGUGUUUUCCCCUUACUGCCACAAUGACAUGCAGAUCAUAAUGUAUAUUCCUUCCUCCCGUUCCUCAAGCCAAAUCACAGGUAGGUUUUUGCAAAUAUGAGCAAAUCAACCAUUCUAUGCAGUAUUCUAUUACACAGUGAACAGUGUGAAGUUAAUUUAGUAUGUGUUGAAUUGAGUAGAAUUGUGAAUAUCAGUGACAGCUGUUUUGUAUAGCACAUGCACAUUCCAUUUAUAAAACGGGAACAAGCGUUCGGGGUACAGGGCGAACUGGACGCUAAGCCACUGAAUUGUAUCACAAUAUUUUUUGGGGGGUGUAUGUGAUUUUGAUUGAUAUGAUUUAUUUAAGUGUCAUACACCUACCGGUGGCCAGCCCACAUGGGCUUACAAGACACUAAUAAACACAGUACCAUUUUCCUAUUAUAUGCAUACAAUAAUCAUGGCAAGUACAGCUACCAUCUAGCCACACUACACAAACAGUGCAUUUCUCCUUCUCCUCUAGGCGUUGUGAACAAACAAUACUACUCGGUAUCAUGAUACUUGGCCUGGUAUUGUAUUGGUAGUAAAAUGUUUGUAUCUUGACAACACUACUCUCUACUAUCUCUGUAUUUAAUAUUUAACCAUGUCUGUAUUUGGGUUUACUGCAUUAUUGAAAUGCUUUAUUAAAAUGUGUGUGUUGAACAGAGUGCUGUAAGACAAACUCGUCUAACUAGAUUCAACUGUCAGUGUUCAUGUCUGGCAGUGGUGUGACACAGUCUUAAUUUACAGAUUCCCUCUCUCUCUGUGUGUGUAUGGUGUGUGUGUGUGUGUGUGGUGUGUGGUGUGUGUGUUCUCAGACAGACAGACAGACAGAGCUCUAUCUUUAGCUAGUCAACCCACCACACUUUACCACCCCGUCUCAGGAACAUCACAAGAUGAGGUCAAUGGGUUCAGUCUACUGAGAAAAAUGCUUGUGAUUCUCCGUACAUCUAGCCUUCCCUUCCCAUCACACACUAUCACACUCCAAGCCACUGAUGAAGUCACGUUAUAUUUUAAGAAUACAGUAUAUUAGGAUAUUAUGUCUUGUAGGUUUUAAAAUGGCGGUAUACAUUUCUACACAGAGAUGAGAAAAAGAGAAGGAGAAAUAAUGUUUUAUUUAGAUCAAGGCCAAGGUGUAUUUUAUUUUCCAUUUUCUCACCUGUUGCUCGUUUCAAGAGUGUAGUGGUGUUUGUGUCAGUGUUUAAGAGAGUGUAGUUGUGUGUGAGGUUGUGUGUGUGUGCAUGAGAGAGAGGUGUAGUGAUGUGUCGUUUUAAUGUCAUAUGUUAAACAAUCGUUUUAAUGUCAUAUGUUAAACAAUGUUGAACAUAAUACUGUACUGUCUAUAAUGGUGACCGCCAAAACAGCAGCUAUGUGGGUAUCCGCUUCUAACUGGCUUCAAACUUUGCCUUUGGCUAAGGCAAAGCCACUGCUGACAGCCUGGCUGCUGACAGGGUUGUGUACCACAUCAUCAGGGCAUGACGCAUGCUGCACACGGAACGAGAGGGAGAGCUUGGUUUGUUGUUUUGAACGUUUCUGCAAGUUUUUUUCUUGACAAAGUUACUACCUGUUUAUUUUGGAUCCCGCGACAUGGUAAGCCUUAGUUGUUUGGACCGCUACUUUCUGUCCCGGGAUACUGCCAAACCCAAAAGUCUGAAGAGCUUAGCUGCUAGUUAUUCAGCUAGCCAGGUUUCAUUGACAGCCUGAACACAGACCGUGAAGCAGUUUUUCAAAUCAAAUCAAAUCCAAGCCCUUGUGGCUGUGACCGCAGAUAGUCCUGUGCUUGUGGCUGUUUAAAUCCCUGCUGUUUGGUACUGUUUCCAUCGGUCCUGUGAGCUGUCCUGGCUGGAACUGCGUGGAGUACCAGCGUUAGCCUACGUUGCUACCAUCAUGCUGCCCAAAGCUAAAGAAGAUGGAAGUAAUGGAGAGGACAGGUGCGUGAUCUUUUAAAUAAACACAAUUAUGUCUACAAGCAAUUGUUACAGCAACAGGAGAAUGGCUUCAAGAGCUUUGUCCAAAUACUGGUGGACUCAACUAACAAAAUAAUGUUUGAUCUGACCAGAGAGGUCCAAGACCUUAAGAACAGUUUGCAGUUAGCCAGAGAGAGGUGGAUGUCCGGAAAGGGACUUGCUGCAAAAUGACAACAAACUCUAGGUCCACGCGAGAUGACAUCAGCACUGUCUGUGUAUCAUUAUUAACAGUGACUGGGAAAACAUACUAUCUAGAGGAACAAUCCAGGAAGAAUAACAUUGUUGUGGAUGGCAUACCAGAGUCUCCACAUGAGUCUGAGGAGAAAGUGAGAAAAAUUAUCGCCGAAAAUAUGCAGGUCAUGGGAAGAUUGAGGUGGUGCGAGCCCACAGGUCUGGAAAACCUGAAACCAGCCCAGGUGAAAGACACAGGCUGAUAAUGGUCAAGUUCCUAAGGUUCAAUGACAAGAUGGCUGUUCUGGAGAGAGCCAAGAACUUGAGAGGACCAACAUCUUCCACAACGAGGACUUCUGUGAAGCUGUGCGACAGCAGCGGAAAUAACUUAUCCAAGCUAUGAAAGCUGCCAGAGAGCGUGGGAACAUUGCUUACAUCCGCUACGACAGGCUUAUUGUCCACCCUCCCUCCCAAAAGCCUGGGAGGAGUGAGCGAGCCAAGCUUCCGGGUCAGUAGCUUUAGCCCAACAUCCCACACACAAACACCAACUGACACUCACAAGUACCUGAUUGACUGACUAUUAGCCAAACAAUGUUUUUAAUGUAAUUUUUUUUUUUUUAGGGCUGACCCCAAUUAGUCGACUGGUCGAUUGUUUGGUCGUUAGGCUGUUGGUCGACCGAGAUUUGUUUUAGUCGAGCAGUAACAAAUAAAUAAAUAUAUAUGUAUGUAUUUAUUUAUUUAUUUAUUUAUUGGCGCCCAUCUCAGUGAACUAAUCCAUUGUGGAGGCCUAGACUAAAACCCAAUUUAUGCUUGAUCCAGAAAUGUGGUCGGAGGCUCCAUAUGGAGGUUGUGACACAAUUGCGGAGCCUCCAGAGGCAUGCGGAGGCCAAAUCAAGCUCCAUACAGCAUCGCCAUGCACCUCCCAAAUGUUUUUACAAUGCGGAGGGCUCUGUAUAGCUCCGCAUUGACAUGAUUGGUUGAUAGUAGGUGGAGGCGGUACAUCCUGUAGAAAACACAAACUUACUUCCUUGACAACAGCUCUGCACUGCUCCGUGAAGAGCAAGAGGGGAGGGAAUGGCCGGCAGGGGAUGUAGCUCAGUUGGUAGAGCAUGGCGUUUGCAACGCCAGGGUUGUGGGUUCGAUAAAAUAAUGUAUGCGCUAACUGUAAGUCGCUCUGGAUAAGAGCGUCUGCUAAAUGACUAAAAUGUAAAUGUAAAUGUAAGUAUGAAUGCCCUGACUUCUGCUGAGGUCGUAUCACCGUAAAUGCUGCAUGGUCAAUGCAGAUGUCGGAUUGACCAUGCGCACAGAUGCACAAUGCACUUCUCUCUCCCGCCAAUUUGUGCACAUUCAUUGUUUCAUAACUUUAAUUGUGUGAAUUGUUUGCAUUUGAUUGUUAGUGUAUGUCAAUACCCCAUUACAUAUAUCACAGUACAUUUAACGUUAAUUCCUAUAAUUUCUAAUCUACAAUGUUUGUUUGGUUAAAGUAAUUUCUGUUAAUGCAUUCAAUAUAUUAAUAUUACAGUCUUUUACCGUUCCCAUUGUCAGAGUGGACAUGUUGUUUGCAGAGCGCACAACCUAUGUUACACUUGUGAGAAACAAGUUUUGGUUUAUUUCAUUCCAUUUACGCGUUUCGUCAAUUUAGUAAUUGUCUUUUGUUUGGAGCGCUCCUGUCAAUGUUGAGUAAGGACGCGCACCUGAUUACGCAUAGAAGUAGGCCUAUAGGCUACCUGGCCUGCGUGCAAAUGUAGGCAUAUAAAGGUGCCCAUUUGGGGAUCUGAUAGUAUUUCUGAUUGGCUUAACACACCACCAUUAAUGACCUGUGAAACUUCUCAAAGUAAUGUUUUCUUCACCUCAAACAGCAACCAAACAAAGUAUUUUUAUAUCCAUUGAGAAUUACAGGAGUCCCUCAAUGUAUUUGAAAAAUCUUUCCAGCUCUUUCCCUUUCGAUUACCACUCAGCGUGAAAGGGAAAAAUGUUAUGCUCUGAUCCAGUGGAAACUUAAUAAAAUAGGCCUACCUGAUUAGUUCUUAUCAAUGCUUGACUUGGACUGAAAUAGGUUCCGGUACUCAUUUUGGGUGCUGGUACAGUUUAUAUUUAGGUGCAGGAGCUCCACAAUACUUUUGAGCUAAUAUUCUUUAAGAGGAACAGGAGCUCAAGCAGUAGAACAUUUGUGCAUAUGAAAACCAUAACUGGCACACAGAUUGGCAGAAAUUGUAAGAUAAAUUGGCAUUCCACAUGAGAAAGGUUGCCGACUCCUCGUGUAGCCUAUUACCGGCAACUUCAGGAGAGUAAUGGCAGAAUCUGCGAAAGCCAGCACGAGCGGGAGGAGAACAGUUUGGUCAGGUUAUCUAGAUCUCUGGCGCCCUCCUGAGGCAUUUGUGUUAUUUCAUCAAAUGCUACGCUUGAAGCGCCAGACCAGCUCAAUGCAUAUAGUUGAUUUUAUUGAAACACGUUUAAACAUUUCGACCAAUGGCUUGGUCGAAAUAAAUACAUUCAUAUAUUGGCUAUCUCUGAGACUCACUUAGAUAAUUCCUUUGAUACAGCAGUAGCAAUACAGGGAUAUAACAUAUACAGAAAAUACAGAAAUGCAUAUGGAGGAGGUGUUGUUGCAUAUGUUCAGAGCCAUAUUCCUGUAAAAUUGAGAAAGGAGCUCAUGUCUAAUGUUGUUGAAGUGUUGUGGUUGCAGAUUCACCUGCCUCAUCAAAAGCCUCUUCUUUUGGGGUGAUGCUAUAGGCCACCAAGUGCUAACAUUUACAUUUACAUAAUUUAGUAGACGUGAGAUUAUUUAAGAUACUCUUUGAAGAGGUAGGGAAGAUGGGCAGGGACUCUGCUGUCCUAGAUUCAGGGGGAAGCCGGUUCCACCAUUUGAGGUGCCAGGACAGAGAAGAGCUUGCACUGGGCUGAGCGGGAGCUGCCCUCCCAUAGAGGUGGGAGGGCAAAGAGACCAGAGGUGGCAGAACAGAGUUCUCGGGUUGGGGUGUAGGGUUUGAAAAACUGAUAAAAUAACACAAGGAACAAUGCGGACUGUGAAGACACACACACACACACACACACACACACACACACACAUUAUUCUUAGUAUUUUGCAUUUAUUCGUUUUUCUUUAGUAUUCUCUUUCUUGUUAUUUUUUAAAGUAGUCGUGUUGUUCUUUUGGUUGUGGUGUUCUUAGUUGAGAUUUGUCUUCCUAUACCUGUUCUGUAUUUUGUCAUGUUUUGUGUGGACCCUUCUUCAGCAGCUAAUUGGGAUCCGAAUACAAAUCAUAAAUCAUAUGGUGAACAAUUAUAGCCUCCAAGGACUUUCUCUCUUAAGACAGGGAUGGGCAACUGGCGGCCCCCAUUUUGUAGGUCCGCGGACCAAUACAAUUUGAACUCAGUUGGGGUCUCAAUUUACUGUUGAGAGUUAGAAUAAUAGAAUGCACAGUCACUCAAUUAGCCCAUGCCAGCAUAAUUUUUUAUUUAUUGGUAAGUUAGUCUAGCGGCCAGCUAUCUAAACUUGUAGUAAGCAUGGUCGAAUUACCAACCGGGGUCGGGCCCAUUGAUCAUCAGUCAUAUUAAAAACUGCUAACAUUUGCCUUCACCCUAUGGCAAAAUGAGUAGAAUUGCAUGAAAUUAGAUAUAAAAUUGAUAAAUCUUUGUUUUGUAAAUAUUUUUAUUAGUGUAAUUAAAUGUAGAUUGUAUAAAGAAAUUGUUGUUUAAUUAUUCUGAUACAAAGUGGGCUUCAGAUAAAUCAAUGUAUUACUAUUAUUCACAGUUUUGGCUUAUAGUGUUAUUGUUAUGAUAACUCAUAAGUCAGGUCUUCUUGGAAUACAAUUGUUGUCUAAUAACAGACCUGUGCCCCGAUUUUAAAAUAUAUGAAUUAAUCCUUAGAGAUUAAUUAAUUAAUUAAUCAUUUAUAGUAAUAAUUAUACAUACUACUUUAUAAAGGAGAGGACAGUAGCAGGGCUGGUUCACAGCUUGUGCUGAGGCAGGUGUCUCUUGCUCAGCAGGCCAGCUCUCUCCUUCCCCCCCUCUCCCUCUCCACUCCACACCAUGUCACUUCCUCUGACACACUUCCUCUCUCUCACUCACUCACACUCUCUCACACACCACACACACCAGGAAGAUUGGAUGCAGGCCUAGAAGAGAGAGAUUCACAAUUUCUAAGCAAAUCCCAGGUUAGCCUAUGGCACUUGAUGUAGGAUUUGAUUUAUUAGGAUCCCCAUUAGCGACACCAAUGGCGACAGCUAAUCUUACUGGGGUCCGACACAAUACUUUAUAAUUUACAUACAUUUAAAAACAACAUGUAGUGGCAUGUUUGGUGGGGUAAGUGUGUGUGUCAGUGCUGUGUGUAAGUUGACUAUGCAAACAAUUUGGAAUUUCCAACACGUUGUUUCUUAUAAAAACAAGAAGUGACGCAGGCAGUCUUUCCUCAACUCUUAGCCAAGAGAGACUGGCAAGAGACUGGCAUGCAUGGUAGUAAUAUUAGCCCUCUGAUUACAAUGACGAGCAAGAUGUGCCGCUUAACUAGGUCUUUCUUUGCAGUGUUUGACCAUAUGACUGGACAAUAAUCAAGAUAAGACCAAACUAGAGCCUGCGGGACUUGCUUUGUGGAGUGUGGUGUCAAAAAGCAGAGCAUCUCUUUAUUACGGACAGACCAUUGAAUCUAUAUGUUUUGACCAUGACAGUUUACUAUCUAAGGUAACACCAAGUAAUUUAGUCUCCUCAACUUGUUCAACAGCCACAACCUGUUCAACAGCCACAGAUUUCAAAGGUUGUGUACAGUAGCUAUAGGUCUAAUUAGCAUUAUGGUAAUUGUCCUCUCAUAGGGUAGUGGAAAUGUUUGAUGAAUGAAUAAAUGGGGUGAUGUGUUGUUAUUAUGGUGGCUGAGAGCAUCAGUGACUGCUGCUGAGAGGUGUGUGUGUGUGUGUGUGUGUGUGUGUGUGUGUGUGUGUGUGUGUGUGUGAUUUAGACGCCGAGGCCAACGCCACCCCUCUACAUAUAGCAUCAGCAGCCAUGAUGUUUUGUUGUCGUCUUUCUAUUAGUGUUUUUUUUUCUUCUCUUUCGCACUCCUUUCCUUGAACAUGCUGUAACACUCUCUCUCUCCUUUUGAUCUCUUGAUAGAUAUUCGACUUGAUGGAUGCCAAAGCUCGGCAAGAUUGCAUCAAAGAAAUAGAUCUCCUUAAGGUAAAGAACCAGAGAGAGAGCGAGAAAACAAUUGAUCUGUACCAGACGCCUGCAUGCGAGUGUGUGUUCGUGUGUCUUUCUCUGUGUGUGUGCCUCUCUCUCUUUUGUGUGUGUGUGUGAGUCCUCCAGGUUUACAUUGACUCUUUUUCUUUAAUGCCCCAAACAUUCUUUUUUUCUUUUUUUUCUCAGUAAUGUUUAGAAGGGGGGCAACAGUGCAUCGCCAUGGAAAUUUAGCAGACUCCCUUGUGUCUUUUGAUGUUUUGUCCACGCCCCUGAUCGUUUUCUCUUUCUCUUUUACUUUUUUUAAAUGAAGCGUUUUCAUUGAUCAAACUACCUUAAACAUGCGUUGGUUGUCUCUGGCCUCAAAAGCUAACGAACAAAUGAAUGACGGGUUGAAUAACUCCCUCUGUCUGGGUGAUCAGAGGUGUGUAUGUUUACAUUUACAUUUUAGUCAUUUAGCAGACGCUCUUAUCCAGAGCGACUUACAGUUAGUGAAUACAUUUUUUAUUUUAUUAUUUUUAUACUGGCCCCCCGUGGGAAUCGAACCCACAACCCUGGCGUUGCAAACGCCAUGCUCUAUCAACUGAGCUACAUCCCUGCCGGCCAUUCCCUCCCCUACCCUGGACGACGCUGGGCCAAUUGUGCGCCGCCCAUGAGUCUCCCGGUCACAGCCGGCUGCGACAGAGCCUGGAUUCGAACCAGGAUCUCUAGUGGCACAGUUAGCACUGCGAUGCGGCGCCUUAGACCACUGCGCCACUCAGGAGACUAUAUGUAUGUGUGCUCCAGGUUGUUGCCAGCUCUGUUCGUAACACACGACUCUCUCUUCCAUGCACACCUAGAUAAGGUCUGGAUUAGCCAACCACAGAGGAGACUGGUGUUAUGUCAGGUUUAGCCACAUGCCCCCUCUCUUCCCCUCCCUCCAUUUCCCCCUCUCUCCUCCAUUCUAGGGCUCAGAAGGCUGAUGCACAAGAUAUGUCACUCCAUCCCUCCCCUCUCUCGCCAUCACGCCUCUCUCUAUCCCUCCUCCCUGAGUGUGUGGUUGCUUUCUCUGCUCUGUCUCUUCUGUGUGAGUGCUAAUGGUUGCGGUGGUUAGUUCCAACAGUCUGGCCAUGUGUCUACUGGGAAGGGCUGGCAGGGCUAACAAGGCCAGAUUGCGAACGGGGGAAUCCAGCCUUCCUUCCAUCUAUCCAUCCUUCUACCCCAGUAGACAGGACAACACGACACACGGCCAAAUCAGAGUAAUGAGAUGCACACUGCCACGGGCCUGACACAUACACACCCAUACUGGCAUGCACGCUCACGCACACGGUCCUCUGUCUGUCUCUCUAUCUAUCUGUUCAUAUGCUUUGUCACUAUUGUGGAAUUGUUCACUUUAUAAACUAAAGUGUAGGCUAGAUGAUCAUGUGGUCCUGUAUGGCUCAGUUGGUAGAGCAUGGCGCUUGCACCGUCAGGGUUGUGGGUUGGAUUCCCGGUGCCACACGUAAAAUGUAUGCACGCAUGACUGUUAAGUGACUAUGGAUAAAAGCGUCUGCUAAAUGGCAUAUACUGUAUAUACUUUAGAUGACAUGUCUAUACUCUUAGACUCAAUUAAAAUGUGCUUUAUUGGCAUGACAUAUUGAUACAUAUUGCCGAAGCACAAUGAUACGCUCUCACAUUCCUCCGUCCAUCUCUCAGCCUCUGUGUUGGAGUUUACGUCCAGCCCUUACAUGAGUUCUGUGAGAUGAGAUGCAGUACACAUUAACCUCAUUUAACCUGAACUAACUGGACAGAAGCCUGGCCCUGCCUGCGCACACCCUGAAGCUGUCCAGGCCUGGAGCUGGAGAGCCAGCAUCUACAGUCAUGUCUCUUAUCAUGGCCAGCGUCUUCAUGGAACACAGUGUUGGGGGGUGGGGGGGAGUGGUGGAGACACGGAUGGCUCUCUUGCUCUGCUAUGACGCGUCACAGAGCUGCAUCCCUGAUCCCAAAAUACAUCUGCUGGAGUGUGUUUGUUUGUGUGUGUGUUUGUUUGUGUGUGUACUGUAUGUAUACAUGGCUUCUCCUGUGGAUCAGUCCACAGAGUGAACAUUUCUUUAAUCACGUCGGAGCAGUGUCAUACCGCAUGCCUGGGCCCCGCUACCGCUGCUCACAUCACAACCCCUGACACACGACACGCUUACUGUAGCUCGCUCUCUCUCUCUCUCUCUCUCUCUCUCUCUCUCUCUCUCUCUCUCUGCUCUCUCUCUCUCUCUCUCUCUCUCUCUCUCUCUCUCUCUCUCUCUCUCUCUCUCUCUCUCUCUCUCUCCUCUCUCUCUCUCUCUCUCUCUCUUUUUCUCUCUCUCUCUCUCUUUCUCUCUCCCCCCCCCCCCCCUCUGUCUGACUGCACCUGAUGUGGUUACUCACUUAUUGACCGAUCAACAGGAAAUAAUCUGUUGAGAAAAUGAGAGGGUUUCUAUAUUUAUUUAUUUCUCUGCCAGCGGGCGUGUUGAGAACUGUGUGGAACAGCAGCCUGUUGUAAUCAGACGGUGGUUGUUGUUGACAUGUCACACUGCUCUGUCACACACAAGGACAAAGCCAUAGCCUUCUCAUUCAACUACACUGUUUCUGCACUGCCAUAGCCAGCCAAAUGACCUACAACAUUACAUAUUACAGAAACAGCUGAUAAUGGUUAUUUAAAAGGAUUUUAACACUUUAACAUACGCUUUGUCACAUUAUAUUGUGUUGUUUAUUAUAUCUGUGUAAGAAGGUGUCAUUGGUUGGAGACUUGGGACAAAGAUGUGUUGAUUUCACAAAGCUUUACAAACCCUGGGAGCCAGUUAAACAGUCACUGAUCCCUCGUCUAUUCUCUCUCUCUCUCUUUCCCUCUCUCUCUCGCUAUCUCUCUCUCGUACAGCAACUGAACCACCCCAACGUGAUCAAGUACCAUGCAUCAUUUAUUGAGGAGAAUGAGCUGAACAUUGUGUUGGAGCUGGCUGAUGCUGGGGACCUCUCCCGGAUGAUCAAGGUAAGAGAUCUGGUGCUCCCACACAGGUCAGCCUUCCUCACUGGGAUCCACCCUGGUGAUCUACUUCCCUGUUGACCCGCUGUAGUGAUGAUCUCUGGUGCUCAUCCACUGGAGAUCCACUAUAGUGAUGGUCCACUCCGGUGAUCAGAAACAGUAGUCCACUAUAGUGAUCUACUCUUGUGGUGAUCCGCCCUGGUGAUCUUCUAUGUCGAUCUACUCUGGUUGAUAUUUUUUUUUUGCUAAACUGUGUUUGCCUGCUGUAAUCUCUCAUACAGUACAACUCUCCAGCAGAACCAUAGUAUUCAUAUGCUUCACUCAUGCCCGUGUCAAAUUAGUGGUAUGUAAUGAAUGUAUGUAUGUAUGUAUGUAUGUAUGUAUGUAUGUAUGUAAAACCCUGAGCAGAGCAGAGAAGCCUCUCCAUGUAUAAAUGAUGCAGCCAGCCUAGCCAGGGUGUAUCUGAGCAGCUCAACAAGCCCUUAGCACCCAUCUACUGCAGCUCUCAAUGUCCAACCAUCCAACGCUGUCUCCCACUGCAAAUUAGGACCGCACGAUUAGCACUGCCUGCGAGAGAUACCACACGGCAGGCUACACACACACGGGCACAGACACGUACAGACACAAACACAUGCGGACACACACACACACAGCUCUGCCUUCGCUCCUGCCUGCUGUCCUCUCUUCAAAUGAUUUGUUUUCCUAAUUAAACAGUGCCAGUCCAGAGGUUGGCAUCAUGACCCCUCGCUCCCCCUUCGCUGCCCUGCCGCAUUAUGAAGUAAAUACACCAUUCUUACACUGUGGUGCCCCCCCUUCUCUCCCUUCCUCUUCCUGGCACUUGCCCUGACCAUCUCAGGAUUCUAAUAAAAUCAAAUGGUCCUUGAUUUGCAUGCACUUACAGAAUAUAGCAUGUGCAGGGUUUGCAGUGGAAGGCAUGGAGGGCUUUCUGCUGCUCCCCCAUUGACAUCAAACACUCCUCUGAUAUGCUAAUGGUAGGGGCAAGGGGAAGAAUGGCCCACCAUGCUGCCUUUGUUUGGAUGUGGGCCAAGGUCUCUCUAUUUCACACACAUGCACCUACGCAGGCACACACACACACAUGGAUGCACGCAGGGACAGACGCAAACACACACACACACACACACACACACACAGACAGAUGCAUGUGCACAUACACACUUUCUUGCUAUCGUUCCUGUUCACUCUCUCUUUCUCAACUAUUGUUCCCAUUUGCACUCUCUGUUUCUCGCUAUCUUUCCCGUUUCCCUCACUCUCUCUCUGCGCUCCCGUUUGCUAGUUUAUGCAGAUCAGUAUCUCAUCCAGCACAGCAACAAAGCUAGCUAGCCAGUCCAUCUCUCACCCGAUUGGCUAUUACACCGCCCUAGCUGACAAUUUGCAUAAACUUUGUCCCAUCACUCGGACCAUUGAUUUCCGGUAGUCCUGUCACACAGUGACUGUUUCUGUGAUCUCUGAAAGAGAAUGAAGUCAUGAUCGACCGCUAGGAGCUGCUGGGAGGGUGAGGGGUUAGGGCGGCGGGAAUUGUGUGUUGUGUGGGCGUAGUUUGUGUGUGACUGGUUUACAUAUAUAUGUAGGAGCUAUAUACCAGAUGUGAGCGUUUUUGAACAUAACCACAAAUGCUUUUCUCUGGCUCUGAGAACUCAUGUGCUUUCCAUCGCAGCGUAAUGAAAAUGAGAAGGGGCUCGGUAUGAGAACGAAGCAGAGAGCGAGGGCUGUGAGGAGAAGGAAAAAGGGACAGAGGGAGGCAGAGCGAGGGAAAGAGAGAGGUCAGGGAGAGGGGAGCGAGAGAGGCAAAAAGAGAGAGGGGAAAGAGAGAGGUCUGCAUCAUAUUAACGAUGGAGUCAAAUACAUACAGAGGGACACGAGGGGCUUAGCUAGUUAGUUGUGUGUGUUAAGCUUGUGUGUCUUGUCUGACAUUGUUGUGUUGUGUGUGUCUAUACAGCACUUUAAGAAGCAGCGGAGGUUAAUUCCAGAGAGGACAGUGUGGAAGUACUUUGUCCAGCUGUGCAGUGCACUGGAACACAUGCACUCCCGACGGGUCAUGCACAGAGGUACUACACACACGUGCACGCACGCACGCACACACGCACACACUUGAACUUCAACUUGAGCUAUGUACCCUGUCCUCUCUACAGACAUAAAGCCAGCUAAUGUGUUCAUAACAGCCACAGGAGUGGUGAAGCUGGGAGAUCUGGGACUGGGACGAUUCUUCAGCUCCAAAACCACCGCUGCCCAUUCUUUAGGUAAGACACACACACAAACACUUUUGUUUGACUAUCCUUGUGGGGACCGAACAAUUGAUUCCCAUUCAAAAUCUUAUUUUUCUUCAAUCCUAAUCCUAACUCUUAAACCUAACCCCUAACUUCUAACCAUAAACCUAACCCCUAUACCUAAUUGUAACCCUAACCCUAAACCUAACCUCUAAGCCUAAAAUAGCCUUUUUCCUCGUGGGGACCGGCAAAAUGAAGCCAACUGGUCCAAUUUUCCUGGUUUUACUAUCCUUGUGAGGACUUCUGGUCCCCACAAGGAUAGUAAAGCCAUACAUACAUACACACACACACACACACACACAGUAAGGGGAUGUGUUUCAUUAGCUGGUGCAGCCCAGAACCAUGUGUGUGUUAUAAAGCUGGGGGGGUUGAGGCCUUCUAAAGGCAGCUUAGGGGCUGUCACCUCUUCAUUGGCCAGUUAGUCACUUCCUGUUGCCUUGACCCCUGACCUCUGACCUGUUGUCUGGGCGGAACCAGUCUGAAACAUGCCUCACCACUGCUGCCCGAUACACAGCUCUGUUUGCUGUAAAACAGCGGCAGGCUGACACUGGCACAUGAUGUGUGUUUGUGAGUGUGUUGUGGUGGGGAUUGUGCCGCUGUCAAAAACGCUCAGUCAACAUAUUCUUACAUUCUCAAAAACUUGAGAGGACAGGAUGUUUUCAAAUAAACAUGUAAUGAAAAUUACAAUUUUAAUUAAGUGAGAACAUCAUUACACAAUGGUAAACAAUAGGAUUGAGAGACGACCCACACUUACAGUGUACAUUUGGAAAACACAAACCACAGCGCCCUCUUCAGGUGGUCUGUGAGUAGGCUGCUCCUUCAGCCCCUUGGUCAGGGUGGUAGAGAAGAGGAGCGUUUGGUGUGGUUUAUUCGGAUCCCCAUUAGCUUUUGCGGAAGCGCAGCUUCCUAGGGCCAACAAAAAAACAUAAAACAGGACAAGUAACAAAACAAUGAUACACUGAUAGACAAAAAACAGUCACACAAAUUUAAAAUACAACGAUAUAUAAACAAUACAACUAAAGAAUAAUGUGUGUGUGUUAGUGUGAUCGAUAUGUCUGUGUGUGCGUGUCAUUCCCCCCCAAAAAAAUGUAAAGGUCAUUUUGCCAUUUGCUUCUCUUUCAUUAUUAGAUGUUUUAUACAAAAAUAUGAUGGUUCACUGUUCAAUGUUGUCAUUUCACUUCUGAGUUUUCCCACUGCUAGUGAAAUAGUCAUUAAAAUGAUUGGCAAUAUCGAAAGGCUUUGUUAUAAAUGACCCAUCAACUUCAAUGAAUGAUGGAGAUGAAUUGGGUUUUCUGCCCCAUGAUAUAAUUUAAGGUACUCCAAAGUCUUUUUCCAUUGUGUUUUAUGUCAUUCCUUCUUCUUUUUGUUAAGUUUAGUCACAAAAUGUCUCAAUUUACAUUAUGUCAACCAAUCAGCUGAGCAGCCUGACUUGUCUUCCUCCUCUCUUGCAUCAUUUCUUUGGACCAUACCAUUUUUCAAUUCAUCAUCAAUCCAGGGGUCUCUUACAGUUUUCACAGCUAAUUUUUAAACAGAUGCAUGCUUGUCAACAAUAAUUGUACAAAUACUUCCAAUGCUGCAUCUGGAUUCAUUUCCUCAAACACAUCAGACCAACAUACAUUUUUUACAUCUUCAACAAAACAUGUUGUAUGAUCUCUUAUUAAUUACUUUAGGCCCAACCUUUGACACUUUGGCUUUCCUUGUUAUUGCCACAAUUGUAUGGCCACUACAGCAAAUGGGAACUGAUAUUUCUUUGGAGCAAAGCUCUGCAGCAUUAGUGAAGAUAUGAUCAAUACAAGUGGAUGUCACAGAUCCAACACUAUUGGUAUUCACUCUAGUUGGUUGAGUGAUGUCCUGGGUCAUAUUAGAGGCAUUAGUCACAGUUAGAAGCUUCCUCUUGAGAGGACAGCUAGUUGCUAACCAGUCAAUGUUCAGGUCACCUCUCUGUUAACGUCACACGUUAUCAAGCAUUGCAUAUAUAUUAUCCAGAUAUUGACUGUUAACACUUGGUGGCCUAUAGCAGCACCCCAAAAGAAGAGGCUUUAGAUGAGGCAGGUGAACUUGCAACCACAACAAUUCAACAACAUUUGACAUGAGAUCCUCUCUAAGCUUUACAGGAAUAUGGCUCUGAAAAUACACUGAGUGUACAAAACAUUAGGAACACAUUCCUAAUAUUGCCCUCAGAACAGCCUCAAUUCGUCGGGGCAUGAACUCUACAAGGUGUUGAAAUCGUUCCACAAGGAUGCUGGCCCAUGUUUUGCCGCCUUGCCGCCUUGCCAGGUCACCCUUGCAAAAUAGGUUUUUAACCUCAAUGGGUCUUACCUGGUUAAAUAAAUGGUUCCCACAGUUGUGCCAAGUUGGCUGGGUAUCCUUUGGUUGGUGGACCAUUCUUGAUACACAAUGGAAAUUGUUGAGCGUGAAAAACCCAGCAGCAUUGCAGUUCUUGACACACUCAAACAGGUGCGCCUGGCACCUACUACCAUAGCUUGUUCAAAGGCACUUACAUAUUUUGUCUUGCCCAUUCACCCUCUGAAUGGCACACUUACACAAUCCAUGUCUCAACUGACUCAAUGCUUAAAAAUCCUUCCUUAACCCGUGUUCUCCCCUUCAUCUACACUGAUUUGAGGUGGAUUUAACAGGUGACAUCAAUAAGGGGUUAUAGCUUUCACCUGGUUGGUCUAUGUCAUGGAAAGAGUGUUCAUAAUGUUUUGUACACUCAGUGUUUACAGCAACACCUCCCCCAUAGGCAUUCUUGUAUUGCUACUGCUGUAUCAUCAAAGGAAUUAUCUUAGUGAGUUUCAGAGAUGGCCAGUAUAUGAAUGUUAUCCAAUCUUAACACGUUAUUGAUUUCAUGAACCUUAUUUCUAAGGCUACAUAUAUUGAUACGGGCUGUUCUCAGCCCUUUCCUGGGUAGCUUAUCAGAGAUAUACAUAAUACGGGGGAAAAAAUAUAUACAAUAAAAAUAAAAAUACUGUUUGGCUAAUAGUCAGUCAAUCAGGUACUUAUGAGUGUCAUUUGAUGUAUGUGUGUGAUGUUGGGCUGAAGCUACUGACCAGGAAGCUUGGCUCUCUCACUCCUCCCAGGUUUCUGGGAGGGAGGGUGGACAAUCAGCUUGUCGUAGCGGAUGUAAGCAAUGUCCCCACGCUCUCUGGCAGCUUCCAUAGCUGGGAUAAGUUAUUUCCGCCGCUGGCGCACAGCUUCAGAGAAGUCCUCGUUGAGGAAGAUGGGGAGAGGGGAGGAGAAGAGCAGAGGCUAGUUUCUCCACAAAGGGUUCAUCUCCCCCACGGGCAUGGAGACCCAGAAUCCAUCCAUUCUCUAAAGCCUCUCUUCUCCUCUCCGGCCCUCACCUUUCUCUCCAUUGCUCUCUUCCUGUCUCCUGCUGCCUCUUUCUUUCUUUUCCCCUCUCCCUUUUUUUCCUCGCUCACAUUUUUUGGCCCUGCUCUCUCUCUCUUUUUCUUUUCCCAUCUCUCUUUCUUUCUGCCUCACCGUCUAUCCAUGUCUCUUACUCAAGCUCUCCUUUCCGCUCUUGCUCUUUCCCCUCCAUUCUCUCCUCCCCCCAACUCAUUUUCUCACUUUCUCCUUCCCUCGCUCACCCUCCCUCUUUUCCUCUACCUCUGUCUCUUUGGGAAGAUCUCAAUUGCAUACUCCUCGCGUCGUCUCUCCUCGUCUCCUUCUCAAAACCCAUUGGAUGAGAAGCCAGAGGUCCCUCCCCUCUGACCUUCUCCUCCAAUGGGUUUUGAGAAAGAGGUGAAGAGAGAGGAGGCCAGGAGUAUGCAAAUGAGAUUCUUCUUUUAUCUCUCUACAUUGACUUCCUUUCCCUCCCCCUUUCUCCCUCCUACCCCCCUUCUCCCCCUUCCUUUCCCUCCCCCUUUCCCCUCCUACCCCCCUUUCUCCCCCGACCCCCUUCUAGCCUCCCCCUUCCUUUCCCUCCCCCUUUCUCCCUCCUACCCCCUUCUCCCCCUUCCUUUCCCUCCCCCUUUCUCCCUCCUACCCCCUUCUCCCCCUUCCUUUCCCUCCCCCUUUCUCCCUCCUACCCCCUUCUCCCCCUUCCUUCCCUCCCCCCUUUCUCCCUCACUACCCCCUUCUCCCCCCCCUUCCUGUUCCCUCCCCCUUUCUUCCCCUCCUAUCCCCUUCUCCCCCUUCCUUUCCCUCCCCCCCCCUUUCUCCCCUCCCCUAACCCCCUUCCUUGGCGAUGCCCUUUUUCCCGCCUAGCCCCUUUCCCUUCCUUCCCUCACCACCUUUCUCCCUCGCCUACCCCCCGUUCUCCCCCAUUCCUUCCGCUCCCCCCUUUCUCCCUCCUACCCCCCUUCUCCCCCAUUCCUUCCCUCCCCCCUUUCUCCCUCCUCCCCCUUCUCCCCUUCCUUUUCCCCCCACCCCCUCCCCCCACCCCCUUCUCCCCCUUCUUUCCCUCCCCCUUUCUCCCUCCUCCCCCCUUCUCCCCCUUCCUUUCCCUCCCCCUUUCUCCCUCCUACCCCCUUCUCCCCCUUCCUUCCCCCCCCCUUUCUUCCUUCCCCCUUUUCCCCCCCCUUUCUCCCUCUCCCCCCCCCCCUCCCCCUUCCUUUCCCUCCCCCUUUCUCCCUCCCCCCCCCUUCUCCCCCCUUCUUCCCUUUUUUUUCCCUCCCCCCCCCCUUUCCCCCUUUUUUCCCCCCUUUCCCCCCCCUUUCCCUUCCUUUUUCCCCCUUUUCUUUCUCCCCCACCCACCCCCCCUUUCCCUUUCCCCCUUUUCCCCCCCCCCCUACCCCCCCUCCUUUUCCUUUUCCCCCCCUCUUUUCCCCCCUCCCCCCCGGUUUUCUCCCCCCUCCUUCCCUUUCCCCCUUUUUCCUCCCCCCUCCUUCCCUUCUCCCCCUUCCUUCUCCCUUCCCCCUUUCCCUCCCUCUUUUCCCUCACCCCCUUCUCCCCCAUCCUCGCCCCCUUUCUCCUACCCUCCUAUCCUCCCAUCCUUCCCUUUCCCCCUUUCUCCCUCCUACCCCCCUUCUCCCCCCCCAUUUCCCUCCCCCUUUCUCCCUCCUACCCCCUUCUCACCCCAUCCCUUCACCUUCCCAUCCCCCUUUCCCCCCCCUCCCUUCUCCCCACCCCUUCUCUACUCUCCCCUUCCUCUCCCUCCCUCCUCUUAUCUCUCACCCUCUCUUUCCCUCCCUCCUCCCUUCCUCUCCUUCUCUCCCUCUCUGGGGGGAGGGGGGAGGUCUGUAAUAAGUCAAACCACCCCAGUAGAGGAGGUGCUGGCUAGAUGGAGGUCCAGGCUUAGAGCCUGUCAGCUCCCUCUCUCUCUCUCCCUUUCAACUCAACAGCCCGAAGAUGUGCGCGUACACAUGCACACAUAUACACGCACACACACACACACACACACACACACACACACACACACACACAACACACACACCACACAUCGCCAGGUUCCAUCCAUAGAUUGCUACCAUGACAAUAUUCUCUUCUCUUCCCCGAGAAUGCCGCUCAGUUGUCUUAACGAUUCCUAAUAAUGGAAAUCAAUCCCAACAUGACUUCUAGUUUAUCUGCAUGAAUAAAUGAGUGUGUUUUAAUUGGGAAUGAAUGAAUGCUGACUGAGCCACUGUUGCUCUGCUCCUCUAUACAACUAUUAGCAUAAGAGAGGAUGAUGCUCUUUAAUUAGCUGGUAAUGUAUGUUAGGGGAACACUGUUAAAACAGCACCAGGAGACCUCCGUAGAAACGCACACAUGCAAGCACACACACCGCCAACCUGAUGACCUGGGCUCUCGCAAGCCAUCUCUCUCUCUCUCUCUCUCUCUCUCUCUCUCUCUCUCUAGUUGAUGGUGGAAGUGAAUUAUUAUUUUUAGAAUUAUAGGUCACAAUUCAUUAUAAAGAGCUCACAUUUACAGAUACAUACAUUUUUUCACAGCCCAAUUAAAAAACACAUUUAUGCAUCGAAAGACAAACUCUUAUAGCAUUCCCUGUUAUAGGUUUAUUAAAACUAAUUACAUUACACAUUGGAAUAUUUGCCCUCAACAUGUGUGUGUGUGUGUGUGUGUGUGGACUUGUUUAAAUAUGCCUGUGGACCAGAAGUCCCCACAAGAAUAGUAAACGAACACAAAUUUGACCAACUGGGGACAUUUUGUUGGUCCCCACAAUGUCAAAUGCUAUUUCUAGGGGUUUAGUGUUAGGGUUAGAAUUAGGGUUAGGGUUAGGAGCUAGGGUUAGGGUUAGGUUUUCGGGUUAAGGUAAGGGUACGGGUUAAGUUUAGGGUUAGGGAAAAUUUGAUUUUGAAUGGGACGGAAUUGUGUGUCCACAAUGUUAGUUAUACAAGACUGUGUGUGUGUGCGAGCGAGUACAUGUGUGUGUGUGUGUGCAAACUAGCUCAACCACCUGUAUUUGAUCUGGAUAUAUCUUUGGUCUCUCUAUCAGCUAUCUUCCCCCCAAUCAGGCUCACUAGGGCCCUCUGUGGUGGAGAGGUCUAACUACAGCUCUCUGUACAUGAUCUGUGUGAUUGGACUGUAUGAUUGUGUGGUCUGGAGCUGGGCCAGGCAGCAUGGCAUUGGGAUUAUUGAGUUUCAGAACCAGAGCCAGAGUGUAAUGGUUGUAGAAUGUCUGUUUGACUCCUGUUUCUGAUCAUGAUGAUACAUGGUAAUGAGAGCUGAACCAGAGCUGUGAUGUAGUGGACUAGCAGUUUGAAUGCGUGUGUGUGUGUGUUUGUGAGAUCUCACUUUUUCUGUCAUUCUCACUCUCUCUCUCUGAGGUUGUGUGUGUUGGGACAUAUGUGGUGUGCUGGAAUGGCUAGGUUGGAGAGGCAACAGGCUAAUGUCUCUCUCCCUGUCUGUCUGUCUGUUCCAGUGGGCACCCCGUACUACAUGUCCCCAGAGAGAAUACAUGAAAAUGGAUACAACUUCAAAUCUGACAUCUGGUCGUUAGGCUGCCUGCUCUACGAGGUAACGUAUAUACAAUACACAUAUACUGUACUGUGGCAUACUGUACACAGACACACACACACACACACACACACACACACACAUUUCUGAGGUGAAGGUGUAUAGGAGAGCUGUAGUGUGUUUGAAGCUAGCAGGGAAAUCACAGUGACAUGUCAAUGUUGUGCAGAUUAACUGGGUGGUUGUGCUGAGCACUGAUACUGACUAGUUAGAUUACCCUCUAGAAGAACCCUUUCCACCUUACAGACCACACAAGGGAGGGAGAGAGAGGGAGAGGUCUUACAGGUGUGUGUCGGAUGUAUGGAUCUUGAAUGUCUGUAAGGGUCAUACACGUGUGUGUGUGUGUGUGUGUGUGUGUGUGUGUGUUUCAGAGCUGUGUUUGAGAGAACAUGAAUGUUUCAGUGAUAUGCCUGGUGGUCUAGAUGGGUGAAAGACAGACAAUACCUGGCCAUUGUCUCUCUGUCUGCAUCUCCUAUACUGUUUGAUGGAGGAUUGUGUGUGUGCGUGCCCACGCGCCCAUGUGCAUGCAUGUUCGUUUGUUUGUGAUGAGGUCACCCCAUUAUAUUCACCUGACCCUGCCCACCUCCGGCGUUGUGGUAACGGGAUGAUGCCUAGUUGCCGGGGUGGUCUCCCUUGGUGACCGGGGGGGAUUCCUCUCCUCUCCUCUCCUCUCCUCUCCUCUCCUCUCCUCUCCUCUCCUCUCCUCUCCUCUCCUCUCCUCUCCUCUCCUCUCCUCUCCUCUCCUCUCCUCUCCUCUCCUCUCCUCUCAUCACCCCUUACCUCCCUGUUCCUCUCCAACUCUCCCAUCCCUCCCCAUCCCUAACCGUUGGUCGUCUCUGUUAGUUUUACCAUCAACAUGAACACACAAGUUAAAGUCUUGAUGUCUCGCUCUGUUGGACCACAUCUUUCUGUUUUAAACCACUCCCCUCCCUCUCCUCUUCCCCUCACCUCCCUCCCCUCCCCAUACAGGGGUGUUUGGCCUUUUAAACUGGACACAUACAAGAUGAGAACAUGCUAAAGAUUGUUAAGAGAUCUCUCUGUGUCCCUGUUGUAUCUAUACGUCAUGUAAGGUAACAGCUAUAAGUCCUUGAAAGCACUUGCAUAGGUCUGCUGUGAAAACAGUUUCAUGUAUCAGUUCAUUUCACAUUAACUUAAUUUCACAUGAACUUUUAACAUAUAAUUAGAAAGGCUUCAUAUAGUAUUCCAGUGUUAGUUUUCCACUGAGCUUUACCUUUGUGCCUGCUCUCCCCACUCCUCUCCCUACUGUCAGAGUUUAAUGUAAUAGCUUAGUGAAUUAAUUUGUGUGUACACGAGCACUCGUGCACACUCACAUUCAUUUUCCCUCUCUCAGCUAGGCCUGCAAGAAUGAAUACAGUAUCUUAAUACAGCAGAUUAACAGACAUAAAACAACGUCUAACUUUCUGUUUUCCUACUUAAUUUGUCAUGUUCUAAGACUACAGAAAGAAAGAAAGAAAGAAAGAAAGAAAGAAAGAAAGAAAGAAAGAAAGAAAGAAAGAAAGAGAGAAAGAGAGAAAGAAAAAUAAAUAAAGUGAUUGCAUCUGAAAGUUAGUUCUUUACAACAGUUGAGUCAGGAGGGAGAGAUGGAGAGCUAGAUAGAUAGAUAGAGAAUAUAGAGGGAGUCAUGCAGCGAGAUCAAUAUUCAUUAAGAGAAGCUAGACCUCCUUAUACAUUCUCUUUAACAUGGCUAGGGCCUCAUGCUUACACACAGGCUGAACUGUAGAGGACACACACGCACACACACACACACACACUGGACAGCUAGAGGGUAGAGGAGGAGGCAAAGAACCAGCGAGAGAGAAAUUGAGGUGUGUGUAUGUGUGCAUGCCACUAGAAGCCCCUUAGACAGACAGCAGGUGUGCAUGUGCGGAAGACGACCCUGGAAUACCAAUGAGCUGACCCCCCCCACCCACACACACACACACAGGCCCCGGAGGUCAUAGAGCGAGUCAAUCAUUUCGCCCAGCCUGAAAUGAGCCUGUGUGUUCGUGUGUGUGCAGGGCCGGCAGCUGUCAGGAGUCAGGAGUAGUAGACGUUAAUGAACCAGAUGAAUAGUGCAAGCAUUCCCAAAUACAAACAGGACAGUUGACAUUUUUCAUCUGUCAAAAGAAGAAGAUUCAUGAAAAUACCAUUGUCCUUGUUUAACCCUUUACUGGCUCCCCCUCCUUUCUCUCAGUUUUUCUCUCUCUCUCGUCUCUUUUCUCUCUCUCUUUCUCCUCUCUCUCUCUCUCUUGGAAUACAUGCCGGAACCCUACAUAUCGCCCUGCAACACACACUGUGCUAGUGUGGGUAAGUGAUGGUGCAGCAGGCGGAAUGUCCAGUGGAGAGACUUCCUGCUGAGAUUCUAGUGCAAUCAUCCUUAUUUCUCAUUGGCCAAUGUGACAGAGGCUGUCUUAACUAUAUCCAACACUCAUUGGGCUCCUGGAGAUCUACUUUAUCUCCCCCAGUUGGCACUCUGAGAUGGAGGGACGGGCCAAGGGAUGGAGAGAGGGGUAGAGUAACUGCUUCAAUGGAAGCAAUGCGUCUCGUUUCCCAUCCUCCCCUCGUUGCUAGGCAACCUCCCAGUUGCUUGAUUAAGCGGUGGUACAUGAUAAAGACGGUGUGAGGAAGAGAGAGGACAGGGGGAGAGCGAGUGGAACAUCUGGAAGAAAAGUGACACCAGUCUCGAUGGCUGCUUCAGCUAAUGUCUGCCUCUCCCAGCUCUCCCCUGCCUCCCCCCUUUCUCCACCCUCCCUAUAUCCUCCUUAACCACGCCCCCUCCUUCCCCUCUCCGCCACUCUUCCUCCUCUUUGUGGCUACACUCUUCAUACUGGACACAGAGAGAUAAAAAUGGUAUCCACGAGUUCAUCUGACUCUGGGGAAGUAGAUAAAUGACCUCAUUGCCAACAUCCCGAUGUAUCCCUUUAAGUCCCAUUGUCAUUGAGAAGGCUAAAUUCAGAUAGUGUAGUAGUGUUUCAGUAGUGUUUUAUUUGUCUUCCACUAGGCAGAAAAUGUGUGUAUCUAAAUUAUCUCUCUCUCCGUCCCUCAGAUGGCAGCUCUCCAGAGCCCGUUCUAUGGCGAUAAGAUGAACCUGUACUCUCUGUGUAAGAAGAUAGAGCAGUGUGACUACCCUCCACUCCCAUCUGACCACUACUCUGAAGAGGUACUGCUCCAACACUCUCUUUACCCUACCUUCUCUCCAUCUCUCUCACCCCAAAAUCACCUCCUCAUGGGGUCUGAAAUGAUUGACACCCUUGAUAAAGAUGAGCAGAAAUGACUGUAUAAUUCAAAUACUGAGCUAUAUUGUAUGCAAAACAAUUUUGAAAUUAUAAUAUUUUAUACUAAUACAAUUGCUCAGAGAAAUAGAUUUUGUUUAACAAAUAAUACUAUUAUUUUCUUCAAAAAAGUAAGGGGUCAAAUUUAUUGACACUAUACCUUUCAAUACCUCACCUUGCGAGGAUAAUGGCAUUGAGCCUUUUUCUAAAAUGAGUUGGAGAACACAUUGGGAGGGAUCUUAGACAAUUCCUCCAUUCAGAAUCCUUCCAGGGCCCGGUUUCCCGAUAGCGAUGGAACAUAGGCUUACGAGUGUUUUAACAAUGCAUCUUUCCUACAACGGCCGAAGAUGUAACAUACGUCUCCCAAAACACCACACAAAGAGAAUGUUCAAUAAGUACGUCGUUGAGGCAUGUGUCGAUACUGACCUUAACAUUAGAAUUAUUGCACAAUACUGAUGACGGAUCAGCUCCUAGAAAAAUAUCACCUAUUGCUGCAACUAUUGCUGCAGCUGUUUAUCAAGAUUUGGCACAUCAUUGCGCGCAUGUUAGGCUACACAUCAUGAAAUACAGUGAGGGAAAAAAGUAUUUGAUCCCCUGGUGAUUUUGUACGUUUGCCCACUGACAAAGACAUGAUCAGUCUAUAAUUUUAAUGGUAGGUUUAUUUGAACAGUGAGAGACAGAAUAACAACAAAAAAAUCCUGAAAAACGCAUGUCAAAAAUGUUAUAAAUUGAUUUGCAUUUUAAUGAGGGAAAUAAGUAUUUGACCCCUCUGCAAAACAUGACCAAAAUAGUUCAAUAACCAAAAUAGAUUUUUUCAAACAUGUCAUAGCUGACACCCCAUUAUUUCUGCAGACAUCUUUUAAUCUUAAUUCGGAGCAGAUAUUAAACAGAGUUUUUGGAAAAUGUGGUCGCAUAUAAAUCUGAGGGAGAUUUUACCGUAAUUUCAUUCCCAAAGUUUGCAUCUGCACAGUUCUUCCACUAAAUUAGUUUAUUUUUCUGUGGAAAUUGUUAAAAGUAGUCCUUGUGCAUAGAGUUUGUUAAACUUUGAAAUCAAUGGUUUGUGUUUGGCAAACCAUUGAAAAACGCAUGUCAAAAAUGUUAUAAAUUGAUUUGCAUUUUAAUGAGGGAAAUAAGUAUUUGACCCCUCUGCAAAACAUGACUUAGUACUUGGUGGCAAAACCCUUGUUGGCAAUCACAGAGGUCAGAUGUUUCUUGUAGUUGGCCACCAGGUUUGCACACAUCUCAGGAGCGAUUUUGUCCCACUCCUCUUUGCAGAUCUUCUCCAAGUCAUUAAGGUUUCAAGGCUGACGUUUGGCAACUCGAACCUUCAGCUCCCUCCACAGAUUUUCUAUGGGAUUAAGGUCUGGAGACUGGCUAGGCCACUCCAGGACCUUAAUGUGCUUCUUCUUGAGCCACUCCUUUGUUGCCUUGGCCGUGUGUUUUGGGUCAUUGUCAUGCUGGAAUACCCAUCCACGACCCAUUUCAAUGUCCUGGCUGAGGGAAGGAGGUUCUCACCCAAGAUUUGACGGUACAUGGCCCCGUCCAUCAUCCCUUUGAUGCGGUGUAGUUGUCCUGUCCCCUUAGCAGAAAAAUACCCCCAAAGCAUAAUGUUUCCACCUCCAUGUUUGAUGGUGGGGAUGGUGUUCUUGGGGUCAUAGGCAGCAUUCCUCCUCCUCCUCCAAACACGGCGAGUUGAGUUGAUGCCAAAGAGCUCCAUUUUGGUCUCAUCUGACCACAACACUUUCACCCAGUUCUCCUCUGAAUCAUUCAGAUGUUCAUUGGCAAACUUCAGACGGGCCUGUAUAUGUGCUUUCUUGAGCAGGGGGACCUUGCGGGCGCUGCAGGAUUUCAGUCCUUCACGGCGUAGUGUGUUACCAAUUGUUUUCUUGGUGACUAUGGUCCCAGCUGCCUUGAGAUCAUUGACAAGAUCCUCCCGUGUAGUUCUGGGCUGUUUCCUCACUGUUCUCAUGAUCAUUGCAACUCCACAAGGUGAGAUCUUGCAUGGAGCCCCAGGCCGAGGGAGAUUGACAGUUAUUUUGUGUUUCUUCCAUUUGCGAAUAAUCGCACCAACUGUUGUCACCUUCUCACCAAGUUGCUUGCCGAUGGUCUUGUAGCCCAUUCCAGCCUUGUGUAGGUCUACAAUCUUGUCCCUGACAUCCUUGGAGAGCUCUUUGGUCUUGGCCAUGGUGGAGAGUUUGGAAUCAGAUUGAUUGAUUGCUUCUGUGGACAGGUGUCUUUUAUACAGGUAACAAGAUGAGAUUAGGAGCACUCCCUUUAAGAGUGUGCUCUUAAUCUCAGCUCGUUACCUGUAUAAAAGACACCUGGGAGCCAGAAAUCUUUCUGAUUGAGAGGGGGUCAAAUACUUAUUUCCCUAAUUAAAAUGCAAAUCAAUUUAUAACAUUUUUGACAUGCGUUUUUCUGGAUUUUGUUGUUGUUAUUCUGUCUCACUGUUCAAAUAAACCUGCCAUUAAAAUUAUAGACUGAUCAUUUCUUUGUCAGUGGGCAAACGUACAAAAUCAGCAGGGGAUGAAAUACUUUUUUCCCUCACUGUAUAUUGAGACAGAUUACAGACGGUAGCCUACAAGUAGCUAAAUAAAAUCUAUUGAUUUAACAUGAAAUGUAUUUCAAUAUGAUUGAAAUAGUCCUAUAGCCUACUAUAUUUAUAUUUUAAUGCAGUCAUCUCGGUUUUAAUUUGAAGUAUCUUUUUAUAUGUCGCUUGUUUGUAUCAAUUGCAAAGACAUUGGCAACUUUGUAUUUUUUGUCAACUUUAUUCUGGAGUUAUCGGCGGUCACGGAGAGGCGGAUAAACAAUGUUAUUCUAUGUUUAGUGGAGAUCGUCUGUGUAUAAAAUGAUGCUGAAGGACAAAAAAACAUCUAACAACGCACUUGGCUGUUCUACGAGUGGUCUGAGGCAGGCGUUAGAUUACGAGCGUUUUCAAGCGCAACGUUUAUAACGAUGGUUUUGUGAAACAGCUAGGAGAUUUAACGGUGUUCCUACGAAGGUUCUAACGAUGAACUUAGCCUUCCUAUGCUUUUGGGAAAUUUUGCAAUGGCAUAUCUCAGUCUCUGAACUUGAAACCCAAUGAAAACCUGGGGUUUGAAUUGAAGAGGGCAGUACAUAAGCGCAGAUGAAGGAUAUCAAGAAUCUGGAAGUAUUCCGUAUGGAGUAAUGGUCUAAGAUCCCUCUAAGUCUCAGUGCCGUUAUCCUCGCAAGGUGAUGUUUUGAAAGGUUUUAAAACAGGCGUGUCAAUAAUUUUGACCCCAAUCUUUUUUUUACCAAAAAAGUAUUACUUGUUAAACAAAAUCUCUUUCUCUGAGCAAUUCUCAUAUACAAUAAUCUAAUUUCCCAAAUUUUUUGAGCAAACAAUAUAACUACGUAUUUGAAUUAUUCAGCGCGUCUCGUGUGAAUUCAUAUGUGGAUUAUAAUGAAUUGACAUAUUUGUAGGGGGUAGAUGUAUUUUUAGUUAGGGAAAUGUAGUUGUUUUAGAUACAUUGUUUUAUUAAAUGUUGAAGGCAAAGCAAUAGGCAAAAUAAAUUAUUGGAAUCCUCAAUGCCUGUGUGGUUCAGAUAAUUACGAGCGGUUAAGGUUAGGGCUAUGGUUUGGGGAAGGCUUAAAACAAAAUAAUUAAAAACUACGCACCUCUGGAUCAUCAGUAUUCAUAGUAUUCUUAGUGCUUGCUAGAGCAUUGUGAACUGCUGUAGCGCAGUGGUCUAAGCAGCGCGCUCCGAGCCUCAGGAGUUCGUGCCCAGUGCUGGGCGAUGUCUGGUUUGUAUUGUAAUCGGAACAACUUAGUCCUUUUUAAACAGACCAAGGGUGAUUUAUCUAUUUGAAAAGCAUUCCGUACAAUAUCAAUAAAAUAUUUCAUUGUUUACCGUAGCAAAUCUACUGUGGCAAUUUACCUGACACUUUGUAUGAAUGGAAACGUUGGUGUAGCCUACUGUUAUUUUAUUAGUUUCCUAUUUAUGUUAUCCAAAGGAGACUGGUAUGGUCAUUUCUUAUCAAGAUCGCGGGUAAAAUAUCCCUGGACUGUCCAUAUUUGAAAUGUGUAAAUCAAUCUUAUAUGUGCCAGAAGGGGUGUGGGCUGGAAUUGAACCCAUGCCAACACGGUAGGCCUUUAUGAAGGAAGCAACCCUAACCGCUAGACCACCCCAGGCCUCAAAUGAACUCCAUUUUGACCUCAGGAUACACUUGACACUUGUAUGUCGUAGCCUAGAGGAGACCAAUAUCUAUCUAUCUUGUGUUAUUAAGCUAUAUAAAACAGCGUCUGUUGAUGUGUAUGGCUGCAUUUCGGAUACAUUUUGUACAUUUAAAUGUGGCAGUAAUAGGACCUAGGCCUAGCAUGUUUAAAUGUAUUUUGAUGGCAAGCCCUGAUCCCAGUGACUCGACUGCCCCUGCAUAGAGAGAAAGAGAACUGCUCUUUUUCAGGGACUCAGGGAAUUCUCUGCGGAAAAAAAUAAGUGAUGAAGUUAAGAUUCCGACAUCUGUAUCAGGAGAAAUUUGCAGGCUUCAAUCCCAAGUCGAUGGGAAAGUAUGUAACGUUACUAUUUUCAACUGGAAGUUGAUUAUGUUCUAUUAAAAGCAUCUGGGUAGAAACUGAGAUUGCGUCUGAAUCUGAAUGGCGUGUUUAGUGUCAUAUUUCCUUCAGGUAUAGUUGAGUAGUUGUGCAUGCGUUUUAGGCUCUGCUCUGACAUUGUAAUGUAAUGUAAUGUAGAACUUUCUGGGGCUAUAGAUGGCCAACCUACAGACUGCUGCUGAUCAAAUCGAAGGUUAAUGGUUGCGUGCACAGUUUAGCAAAUGUUAUAGCGAGUGCUAGCUCCUAACAAUGCAGUAAAAUGUCAAACAAGUACACAAAAAAACAUAAAACAACAAGAAUAUCAAGAAAUGUCGGAGUGAAUCCAAUUACCAACCCAUAUAGCACUAUAACAGUAAUCCAAAUGCAAUCUAUACAUAUCGUGCAUUCGGAAACUCCUUGACUUUUUCCACAUUUUGUUAUGUUACAGCCUUAUUAUAAAAUGGAUUAAAUUGUUUUAUAAUGACACAGCAAAAACAGGUUUUUAGAAUUUUUUGCACAUUUAUAAAAAGUAAAGAACUGAAAUAUACAUUUACGUAAGUAUUCAGACCCUUUACUCAGUACUUUGUUGAAGCACCUUUGGCGGCGAUUACAGCCUCAAGUCUGUAUUUGGGGAGUUUCUCCCAUUCUUUUCUGCAGAUCCUCUCAACCUCUGUAUUCAGACCCCUUGACUUUUUCCACAUUUUGUUGUGUUACAGCCUGAAGUUAAAAUGGAUUCAAUUGAGAUUUUGUGUCACUGAUUUACACAAAAAUACCCCGUAAUGUCGAAGUGGGAUUUUGUUUAUAGAAAUCUUUCCAAAUUAAUUACAAAUGAAAAGCUGAAAUGUCUUGAGUUAAUAAGUAUUACACCUCUACAUAAUAAGUUGCAUGGACCAUGUUCAAUAAUAGUAGUUAACAUGAUUUUUGAAUCACUACCUCAUCUCUGUACCCCGCACAUCUGUAAGGUCCCGUAAUCGAGUAGUGAAUUAAAGCACAGAUUGAACCACAAAGACCAGGGAGGUUUUUCAAUGCCUCGUAAAGAAGCGCACCGAAAACUUGGGGGCCAAAUAAAACCGCAGCCGGUUGGGGAACCCUGCUUUAGUGCCUUAUUGCAAACAGGAUGCAUGUUUUGGAAUAUUUGUAUUCUGUACAGGCUUCUUUCUUUUCACUCUAACAUUUAUGUUAGUAUUGUGGAGUAACUACAAUGUUGUUGAUCCAUCCUCAGUUAUUUCCUAUCACAGCCAUUAAACUCUGUAACUGUUUUAAAAUUAACAUUGGCCUCAUGGUGAAAUCCCAGAGUGGUUUCCUGCAACUGAGUUAGGAAGGGCGCCUGUAUCUUUGUAGUGACUGGGUGUAUUGAUACACCUCCAAAGUGUAAUUAAUAACUUCACCAUGCUCAAAGGGAUAUUUUUACCCAUCUACCAUUGGAAAAUGUCCCUGGUCUUUGUGGUUGAAUCUGUGCUUGAAAUUCACUGCUCGACUGAGGGACCUUACAGAUAAUUGUAUGUGUGUGGUACAGAGAUGGGGUAGUCAUAUAUAAAAAUCAUGUUAUACACUAUUAUUGCACACAGAGGGAGUCCAUGCAACUUAUUAUGUGACAUGUCAAGCACAUUUGUACUCCUGAACUUAUUUAGGCUUGCCAUAACAAAAGGGUUGAAUACUUAUUGACUCCAGACAUUUCAGCUUUUCAUUUUUAAUUAAUUUGAAAACAUUUCUAAAAACAUAAUUCCACUUUGACAUUAUGGGGGUAUUGUGUGUAGAUCAGUGGCACAUAAUCUCAAAUUAAUCCAUUUUAAAUUCAGGCUUUAACACAACAAAAUGUGGAAAAAGUCAAGGGGUGUGAAUACUUUCUCAAGGCACUGUAGAUAUAUUAGAUUGAGCUAUGUCAAGAAUCCAGUAUAUAAAUAAAUAUGCAGUGUGUAUAAACAGUGUAACUAAAAUGCAGUUUACAGUAGUAGAACUAUUAGAAUAAGCUAUAUUAAGAAUACAGUAUUUAAAUACACAGUACAAACCCUAUGGAAAAAUGGAUAGAAUUGCAGGUAAUUAGCUUCCCGACCAGAGUCUAGAAUAUAAAUAUAUGUAUUUGAAUGGUGUGUAUAGACAGUAUUGACAGUAUGUGAAUAGAAAAAGUUUGUAUAGCAGUAAUAUAGGAUGAGCCAUGACUAGAAUACAGUAUAUACAUAUAAAGUGGGUAAAACAGUAUGUAAACAUUAUUAAAGUUCAUAAGACAGCAGUCUCUAAGGUGCAGGGUAGAGUACCGGGUGGUAACCGGCUAGUGACAGUGUCUAAUGUUCAGGGCAGUGUACUGGGUGGAGGCUUGCUAGUGGUGACUAUUUAACAGUCUGAUGGCCUGGAAGCUGGUUAUCAGUUUCUCGCUCCCAGCUUUGAGGCACCUGUACUGUCUCCGCCUGGGUGAACAGGCUGUGGCUCGGGUGGCCAUGGUCCUUGAUAGUCUUCUUGGCCUUCGUGACACCAGGUGCUGUAGAUGUCCUGAAGGGCACACUGGGGAACUUGAAACUUUUUGACCCUCUCAACUGCGGCCCUGUCGAUGUGGAUGGGGGCGUUCUCUCUCUGCUGUCUCCUGUAGUCCACGAUCAGCUCCUUAGUUUUGUUGACGUGAGGGAGAGGUUAUUUUCCUGGCACCACUCCGCCAGGGCUUUCACCUCCUCCCUGUAGGCUGUCUUGUCAUUGUUGGUAAUAAGGCUUUCCACUGUUGUGUCAUCAGCAAACUUGAUGAUUGAGUUGGAGACGUGCAUGACUACGCAGUCAUGGGUGAACAGGGAGUACAGGACGGUGCUACGCACUCCUGUGGGGCCCCCAUGUUAAGGAUCAGCGUAGCGUAGAUGUUGUUGCCCACCUUCACCACCUGAGCUUGGCCCAUCAGGAAGUCUAGGACCCAGUUGCGAGGGGGAGAUGUGAUUCACAGAUUGCAUAGUCUGUGAAUCUGUUGGGGCGGUAUGCAAAUUGUAGUUGCGAUAUUGCGAUAUUCAUUGUCCCCCACGAUGAAACCGGGGAGGGGUCUUUGGAUAUAUCUCCGUCCGUUCAUUCGUACGUUAGUCACACACGAUAUCAGACAGCAGUGUCCUAAUUUUGACGAAACUUGGGUGAAUGAUGCGUCUAGCCAUAGAGAUCCGGCAUUUACAAAAUUACACUGAUUGGCCGAAGGCGGGAGCUAUAGUAAUUAACUGAAAUGUGUUAGUCACACGCAAUAUCUCAAUUGGCCCAAGUGGGGGGCGCUGCAUCAUUUGGGGGGGACAACAUGUUUACUGUGGUCUUGUUUAGUUCAGUUACCCUUUAUUGGGUAUAGGAACAAUGGUGGACAUUUUGAAGCAAGUGGGGACAACAGACUGGGAUAGGGAGAGAUUGAAUAUGUCUGUAAACAAACCAGCCAGAUGGUCUGCACAUGCUCUGAGGACGCGGCUUGGGAUGCGGGCCGGCAGCCUUGCGAAGGUUAACAUGCUUAAAUGUCUUACUCACGUCGGCCACGGAGAUCGGGAGCACACAGUCAUCGUGAGCGGCGGGGGCCCACGUUGUCGGCUCCUUGUUGUUUUCCUCGAAGCGGGCAAAGGUGUCCGGGAGCGAGGAGUCGGUGUCCGCGACAUGGCUGGCUUUCCCUUAAUAGUCUGAUUGUCUGGACCUGCCACAUGCGUCUCGUGUCUGAGCCGUUAAAUUGCGACUCAACUUUGUCCCUGUACUGUUGUUUUGCCUCUUUGAUUGCCUUGCCGUGGUUAAAUGUGGUGGUUCGCGCUUUCAAUUUUGCACGAAUGCUGCCAUCUAGCCAUGGUUUUGGGUUUGGAUAAGUUCUAAUCAUCACAGUAGGAACAACGUCCUCUAUGCACUUCCUGAUGAACCCAGUCACCGAGUGUGUAUACGUCGAUACUAUUCCCAGAGGCGACUCAGAACAUUUCCCAGUCCGCGUAAUUCAAAAUAAUAGAUUCCGAUUGGUCAGACCAACGUUGAACAGUCCUUACCACGGGUGGUUCCUGCUUAAGUUUCUGCUUAGUGUUUGUGCGUGCAUGUGUCUCACUAGUCGCUACCCAUGAGCCACCCACCUCCCCCCACCCAGUCCCCAUAUCACCCCUCUAUCCAGGAGAGAGAGCGAGCGAGAGAGAGAUGGGAAGGGAAAGAGCGAGAUAUGGAAAAGGAGAUGGAGGGAUGGGAUGGGGGUUGCCUGCAGCGCCUGUCUGGAUGUAAACAAUGCUCCUGA